AUCCGUCGGUCGUCCGAGCGAAACCGCUUCGGUGCGCUGCAGAUGAACGGCUGGUUGAGAAAAUGGAAAGCGACACGGCCGUCCGGAGAAUAAAACCCCCCGGGACUCCGCGCUACGGCGCGGAGGACGGAGAUGGAGCCUGUGGCCGGAACUGCGGGGAUAACGGCUACAGCGGCGACCCGAAGAGAAAGCCCGAAGUGAGGCUGCUCUUACUGCGGGAAGGACUGGCGGCUGCGCUGCUCUCUGGGUUUGUUUUGCUGCUGUGGGGACUCGUUCAUCUGUCGCUGCAGCAGCUUGUCAUCGGGAAGCCGAGCGGAGAGUUUAACGCGGAGAGAGCAAGGCGACACUUGGAGCAGAUCACCGGCGUCGGCCCUCGGCCCGUCGGCAGCCAGGAGAACGAGGUCCUGACGGUGGGCUACCUAUUGGAGCAGAUAGAGGACAUCCGGGCGAGGACGGCAGCGGGGCCUCACCAGGUCACCGUGGACGUCCAGCGCCCCACCGGUUCCUUCUCCAUUGACUUUCUAGGAGGCUUCACGAGUUUCUACGACCGCGUCACCAACAUCGCAGUGAAGCUCGAGCCCAAACGUGGAGCCCAGCACCUCAUGCUCGCCAACUGUCACUUUGACACCGUGGCCAACAGCCCAGGUGCCAGUGAUGAUGCGGUGAGCUGCGCUGUGAUGCUGGAAGUCCUCCACUCUCUGGCCAACCAGUCCACUCCUCUCCACCACGGCGUUGUCUUCCUCUUCAAUGGAGCCGAGGAAAAUGUCCUGCAGGCCAGUCAUGGUUUUAUUACCCAGCAUCCCUGGGCCAAACAAGUUCGUGCUUUCAUUAACUUGGAGGCUGCAGGCGUUGGCGGCAAGGAAGUUGUUUUCCAGACAGGGCCUGAGAACCCGUGGCUCGUCCAGGCUUACGUUCAUGCAGCCAAACACCCCUUCGCCUCGGUGGUCGGACAGGAGGUCUUUCAGAGCGGUGUCAUUCCCUCUGACACAGACUUCCGCAUUUAUAGGGACUUCGGAAACAUCCCAGGCAUCGAUCUUGCGUUCAUUGAAAACGGUUUUAUCUAUCACACCAAAUACGACACGGCCAACAGAAUACUGACAGACUCCAUCCAGAGAGCCGGUGACAACAUCUUGGCUGUUUUGAAGCACCUGGUAACGUCAGAGAAGCUGGCGGACUCCUCAGAGUAUCGCCAUGGGAACAUGGUGUUUUUUGACCUGCUGGGGGUGAUUGCCGUUGCCUAUCCAGCUCGCGUUGGCACCAUCAUCAACUACAUGGUUGCUGCAGCCACCUUCCUGUAUUUAGCCAAGAAGGCGUCUCUGCCCGGCAAUCGAGGUGGGCGUUAUGUUCGGGACCUGGCCUGUGCCACGGGUGUAGCGGUGCUGGGCUGGUUCGUCACUCUGCUGUUGGUGCUCAUUGUUGCUCUUCUGAUCACUCUGCUGGGACGCUCCAUGUUUUGGUACACUCACUUUUAUGCUGCCAUCUGCCUGUAUGGAGCUGCAGCCACCGGGAAAAUGAUUCUCAUCCACACACUGGCCAAAAACCUAUACUACGGAGGCGUCCGUCUGGUGGAGCUGGGCGAUCUGUAUUUUGAUGUGAGCUUGCUGCUCUGGUGCUGCAGCCUGGUGUGGCUCACCCAGCGGGGUCUGUGUUCAGCCUAUGUUCCCAUGCUGAUGGUGGCCUUCCCCCUGGUCACCAGGCUUCUGCUGACAACGGAAUUUAAACACAGAGGAGCAUCACUGAAGUACAGCGGCCUGUAUCUUUUGGGCCUGGCGCUUCCCUAUCUCCACUUCAUGUUCCUCAUCUGGGUGGUGUUUGAGAUUUUCACCCCCAUCAUGGGCCGCAGCGGCACAGAAAUCCCCCCUGAGGUGGUGAUGGCCUCUUUGGUCACUUUGGCAAUCGUUUUCCUCUCCUCUUACUUUCUGCAUUUUGUCUAUUUGGUGAGGAGCACUAAGUGGAUCCUGGCAGCUCUGGGCUCAUUGUUCGUUGUUAUGUUCCUUUUGGUGUCCGCCGGCCUCUUCUUUCCUUACUCCGGGAAUCCAAACAGCCCCCGGCCAAAGAGGAUAUUCCUGCAGCAUACGACUCGGACCUUCCACAACCUGCAGGGCCAGGUGGAGAGCAGAGACUCUGGCAUCUGGAUCAACAGCUUCGACUUCACCGCAGUUCAGCACAUCACUCCUCAGAUCCCCGAGAUCAACGACAGCAUCCGAACCCGCUGCCGAGAGGACCGGCCCUUCUGCGGUUACCCCUGGUUCCUGCCUGUGAAGUUCCUCAGCAGGAAGAACUGGUACCUUCCCGCCCCGGAAGUGUCUCCUGGUUCUCCGGUGGAUUUCAGCCUUAUGUCCAAGGAGGAGACGAGCUGGGGAACUGUCAAGAUGACUUUCAGUGUCAAAGGGCCCAGCCACAUGUCUCUGUAUCUGAUGCCUCACAGAGGAGCCAGUCUGUCCACCUGGUCUCUCGGUGACGGGACGCCUCAGUUUGACCUGAACGGAGAAUACUUUGUCUUCUAUUCCCACGGCCUCGAUGCCGCUAAAUGGACCUUUUGGUUUGAAAUACAGCCCCCCACAGAACCAGAUCCAGCCGGCCCUGAGGGGAUGAUCUCCGUUGCCAUAUCGACGCACUAUUUCUUCGGCGAAGACCGACGGACUGCUCAGCUGGAGGAAAUGCUCCGGAAGUUUCCCAUCUGGGCUUUCCCCUCAUCCUGGGUCAGUACCUACGACAUGUACCGGUACUGAGGACAUCGCUACUGAAACAGAGGAGCGGCGACGGCCCACUGAGACAGCUCAGAGAACGAAUCUGCUGCCUUUUACACUAAUACCCGCGCUGCGUGCCGCCCUGCCUGAGAGAGAGACCUCCAUCACUGUGUCGGCGGGCUGAGCGGCUGACUGAACAGCAUCGGCGCUCAGGCCACCACAAGCCUCGUGCUCUUUACUGGGUUAGUGAAACAAAGGAGUCUUAAUUUUGAUUUUUCUUCUUUCUUUUUUUUUGUACUCAGCUGUUCCUUUGAUUUCCACACUCUCACUCUUCUUCCCUCACGUUUCGUCCCUCUCACACGCAAGCGCUGAUUCACAUCGCAUGUGUAAGCCGCUCUGUUUACCAGCAAACCUCCCGGGCUGCCGUCACACUAAACGUGCCUCUGGAUCGGCUGCAGAUGUCUGUACUGUCCUGACGGGGAGACGCAAACCUGCUCUCAUGUCAGCUUCUUUUUAUUAAAUGAAAAAAACAAAAGGAGUUAAUCGUGCACUCCAUCAAAUAUAUGUUGCAAAUCCCGACGACUAACCAUGAAACUGCUUAUUGUUCCUUCCUGUCCUGCAGAUUUAAAGCAAACAGCAUCCACAGGUUUAAAUGAGAAAUGUUAAUAUCUGCUCAAGCUUUUAAAAGGCGUGCAGCAAAAUCAUAAAGAACUGACCGAAGUGUCAGUGUUUCUAAAGGUUCACUUGAAAAGAUAUUCAGAUGAUGGAUUUAACAGAGGAAGAAAGAAAUGAAGAGAAUCCCUUCUUUGUUUUUAUUUUCUUUUAAAAUGUGCUCCUGGAGUCUUUCAGUAACAAAGCUCUCCUGUUCUGUUCCACACCAAAGUGAUGCUUAUUAACAUUUCAUCUUGCUUUAACGUUACUUUUCUUAAAUCUGAUUAGCCUUCAUGGGGUCUGCAGCAGUUCCAGUGACUUUCUUUUCCUUAACUGGAUUUGUUUUGCGCCACUUGGUUGUUCUGUUGUCUCUUUCUGGCUCCAAAUGAAUCUAAGCAACGAGGAAGUUAUGCAUAUUAGUUAUAAUCUAAUUAAGUUCUUUAAUAGAACGGCGAAAGUUUAGUGAGCUUCAUACAAAUUUGCACAUUUAAUUAGGAAACACUACAGCAAAAACAUUCUUUGUUUUAAUUUCAUUUCCUUUGCUCCUCACGUUAGUGGACUGCUAUUUUACCAUAAUUUGUUCACUAAUUUUAGAUUUGAUGGAUUGCAACUUUUAAUAAGUAGCUCCACAGUUAUUCAAGGUAAAAAAAUCAUUACUUAAAAUUUUUAUGUGGCAGAUUUUUCACUUUGUAUAUUCCUGAAAUUAAGAAAUUAAAUUAUAUUCCUUUUUAAUUUUAUCUUUCUAAAAAUGGCCGUAUAUUUUAUGGAACACAUAUAAUUCAGCGUAAUUGUUAGGAUCUGAUGCAUUUUGUUAAAAUCCACAAAUAUUAUAUGACUUGUCAUAGAGAAUAAAGAGCUUCUCUAUGACAAUAUUAUAUGACUUGUCAUAUAAUAUUUGACAUUUCUUUGUCAUGCAGAUUCAUUUUUUUUGCCGAGAAAGAUUUACAGGAUGUUUGUUGGCUUGUUUCAGCUCCUCAUCGAAAAUGACCGUAAACAUUCAUAUGCAAAUCUUAAAUCCUGUUGUUAAUUUGAAAUAACCUGCUGUGACCUGACCAUAAUUAAACUUUAGAGGACAUAAGGCGUGUGUGAAUGUAAACCAAAAAUUCACUGGUGCUGCUAAAGGAAGCCUGUACGAUGUUUUUGUUUAAGUUGUUUCUGUUUUAUCUAAUUGUGGAGGAUCAUCUGUCUGAACAACAACCCAGCUAUUAACAGCCGCUUUAACCUUGAGACACAGUGAUCAACACCGUUAGUUAUUAAACCUGUUCUACAUUGAAUGUUAAUAUUUAGCUGGUGAUUUUGUAGAGUUAUAAACUAAAUGAUCUGAAUCUCAUCAAGUCCUGCAUUCAUAGAGAUCAUGCACUGAUCUGUUGCCUCCACCUUUGGUGUGAUUGAGGUGGAUUCGAGAUGAAACUUUGGGAAAUGUGAUUUAUUUUUGUUCAUUUAGCUACUUUCAUGCAGAAUAGAUGGCAGGACAGAAGGAGGCCUUAAGUUUUCUGCUUUCAAAGGAUGCACAGAAAGUUUUAGAGAUUCUAGUUGGUCUGCAAAUGUUGGAGAUUAAAAUCUCUCCCCUAAGUUCAUGUUGAAGUUGUUUUGCCUGCAACACAUGGCAUUCUGCAGCAGAUUGAGUUUAUUCUAUUAUUUGAGGAAUGGAAACAACAAAUUAAUAAAUUUUGAUGGUUUAUAGAAACAUAAUGAGAUAAAAGUUUUACCCAGCUGCUCUGGAACAGUUAAAGCUCUGUUCUUCCCCUCAUCAUAACAAAGUCCUGAAACAUACUAACAAACUUACCUAAAUUCAUUAUCAGUAUUUCAGUUUUUUUGUUUUAAUGAUUUCAUGAAUUUUGGAGUCAUAUUUUUCUUGCUGUGGCCUGAUAGCACAACAUAAUUAUUCUGUUAAUUCCAAAAACAGGAAGUGGGUGCACAAGCUUGGGUUUAUUUUGAGGCUUUUUUUAAGGAUUGGAUACACCCUACUAAUAUUUGGACAAAUCUCUUGUGUUUUACCACUAUCAUUUGGCUCAAUUCUGUCUGCAUUCUUGACUACUAUUCUUGGCUGAAAUAGGUAAAGUGUACAAUUUCCUGGCUUUUAAGUAAAUCCGUUGUCACCAGGAAUCGCUGCACAUCCAUUCCAGAAGCAUUGAUGUAAGUUUGGGAUGAUUUUCCAGCUGCAACAUGGAGCUGUGCCCAUUUUUCAGUGAUCUAACCCAAACUGUCCUCUUCAGAUGAAGGGGAAUUGGCUAAAAGAAAGUGGAAGCUUCUGGAACGCCAUUGUCAAUGUCUAAAGUUUAAACAAGUUGAACAUUAGCAUAGAAAAAGACAAGAAAGAUCCUGCUUCAAAGGCUCCUUUCUUUGCACCAUUCUGCCAUGAUGCUGCCACCACCAUAAUCCUCAACACACGUUGAAACUGAUUUCAUGCCCCACAUAGGUAGAGGUAAUCCUGUUUUAAAUGACAUUCGCUAUUUCAUAUGAGAAGAGUAUUGAGAAGACAUUCAAACAUUAGUUGUAUGUUGUGUAAUCGGGUCACUUUGUGGGAAAAACAAACUAAAAUAGACAAUUAAAAUACCCAAAUGAGGUUGAUUUGUCAACGUUGGGGUUAUCCUCUGAUCAGUCGGAAACAGCUUCUGAUAUUUGACGUCUUGGGUAACAUUACAACUUUCUCCUUGUGACCAUCUAUUGUGUUAAAAUUAGACGCCAGAUGUGAUGUAGGUGGACUUAAACGGCAAACAUCUACUAAUUUAGUUAAUAGUUUAAGUCCAUAUGCAGUAUUAAAGAAAAAAUACUGAAAGUAAAUAUUUUUCUAGACCUAGUUGAGAUUUGAAAGCAUAAACAAACUGUUAAAUAAAUCAUUCCUUUAUUUUCUGUGAACAUAUUCAGAGGUCCAGAGUAUUUCAAGGUGUUUUGAUAUUAAAUACGAGAAUGUUAGACAUGAAAGUUGUGACAUUUCCUCCUCCUGUGCUGCUGAUGCUCCCACUGUUUGACCACAGCUGCUCACAAGCCUUGUGCAAGACGAAUGAAAAGGUUUCCUUGAGAAAUUGAACUUUGAAAAUUUGAGCCGAUGAGGUAAUAAAACUGACCAAGCACUGAGUCUGUGUGUGUUGUAUUCUGCACAACCUCACACUUGGAUGUAGCUUUAUUGUCAUCGUUGAGAAAUCAACUGUACUCACUGAAAUGUCUUAAUGUCACUGAUUUCAAGACUUUUUUUUGUUACCUAAAUUGUUCGCUCAUGUUUGUUUUUUUUAAUGUUCUGAACGUUAACAGGAAGAUGGGUCAUUUUCAUCACCAAUAAGACAAAUGUUAGUCUUAUCAGUCAGCGGUGAUGUUGUUUUGUGGGACUGAUCUGGUUAACUGGGUUUCUAUCUGUUGAGAAGAUGAGAUUUUACAAUAUGCAAAAUGGUUGAACUAAAGUAGCACUUGUACAGAAAUUAAAAUGCUUCUAACUUUG